CCACACUCUUUCCACAUACCAGACCCUGCCUGCCUGCAGUGACCACAGCUAGCCAGAGCCUUAUCCAUCGCUUCGAAGCACCGCCCGCAACGAGACGCUGGACGUUGACGCAUCGAUUGAUCGAUUAUAUACUUGAGUCGCCGGGGAGCAAUGAUACAACGAUAAGAGGCGCGCGAGUCAGAACUAUCACUUCCGCAUUGGAUGCUUUAUCGAACGGCAGACAUGUCGCUGGCUACAUUAGACGGAGUACGGCCAGUCUCCUUUCUACCAACGAUCAAAUGCUCAACAUGUGGGGACGAAAUCGCAAUAGCGGCCAUGGGAGAUCAUGUCUGCAGAGGAGAGAUGCCAGCGCCUCUCACGACCAGAAGUCACACGCCUAAUAUGAGCAAUCCUUUUACUCUAAGGCAGCUCAAUGCAAGCGGCAAUGGGCCUUCUAUGACACCGCUGCCUCUACAGCAGAGUAAUAGCGAGCCUGCCGUCCCUCAAUCGCGAACAAGGACUCCAACACCGUCCUCCAAUCAAAACGGACCCUCGAAAGCAUCACGGAUAGCCUUGCCAAAAAUCAACCCGGAUGCCGCAAAUAGAACUUACCUUGCACCCCGACCGACAGGCCUGGAAUCGCCUGAUUCGCCGGGAACGAGUAUGCGAAGUGCCAAGCCUGGAUAUCAGAGGAGUGCGACUAGUCCUAUGCCACGACUAUACGAUCCUCGGCCACCGAGUCCUGAGCUAUCAGCAAAUCUUGACUGCGCAUUCCCGCCAUGGCCAUCAAUGAACCCUCCUCCUUCAAGGCCGCCGACUAGUCAGGGAAGACGAACACCCACCGGAAGUGACCGGGCUCCGUCGAGAGGGACAUCUCGGUUCGAUCGGAACUUGGGUGCCGAAGAAGAGCCAUUCAACCUGGAACCUAAGAGUGCAAAUGCGAGUGCAAGUGAGAAUGUGUUGCAGAAGCUGAACACAUUGAAGAGCGGGCCAUUCGCUGGCACUAGGAGGCAAGGCACUGGAGACUCAAAUGCAUCCAGUCCAUUGCCGUCAAGCGGUCGAAGACCAAGUGCUCCUGCGGUAGAGCCUCUAGCCCGACCUGCUACAGCACAGUCGAACAGGUCGCGAUCAAGAGGACGACCCUCGACGCCUCAAAGCAAUAGAGUCCCUCGAGAACCGAGUGAAGCUGCCAGAAAGGCUCCUCCACUACGUCCUAAUAGACCAGAUGACGAGAUAUUAUCACCAUCGUUCCUCGAUCAAUUCAGCGCUGAACCUGAUUCAGUGCUCCCGCUGGCUGUGCGAAGGGAUGAAGCUGAAUUCGGACGAGAUCACUCAUAUCCACUCGCACAAAUGAGCCACGAGCGGCCCGACUCACAGACUUUGUCCAAGGCCAGGAGCGAACCUAACCUCCUAUCAGCAAUUACACCCUCUCAGCUUCCGGUGAGGACAGAUAGCCGAGCUGGUACACGCAUGGACUAUCGAAUGCGAGACGCACCGCCUGUACCGAAACCUGUAGCACAACAUCAAAAGAGUGGUAAUCACACUCCAACAGAGUCUGCAUCCUCCCUAGCUUCGACAACACGCUCGGGCUGCGACACCAAAAGCAACCACAGCAGCAAUGGGCCCAGUCCUCCUGGUAGUUCGAAAACUAGCGUAGAGGCUUUCGAUACGUACGAAAACGAUGCAGACAAGAUUGAUGGUGCACGGGUACUGGCCCUACACGUUCGCAAUCAGCAGAGUCCAGGAGAGCGCGCUGAGCUUCCAAAGCAGUCCUCACCUCCUCGAGCAUUGGCGAAACCGAUUAUCCCGAAGGAAACGCCGCAGAAGCCAUUCGGCAUGCCUCGGAGGCAGCCGCUCGAGUCGCCCAUGGAUCCAGCGCUCCAGUCUCGAGCGGGCCCUACAAGUCAAUGGGCCACCUACGAGCCAUGGGGCCCAGCGAUUGAUACGACAUCCAACAGGAAAGGCUCAAGCGAUCACGAACACUUGUCGGUGCAGUCGGAGGUUCGAGCACCCGCUGCGUUGUCCGUUUCGAAACAUGCGGAAGCAACAAGUGCGACUAGCAGGAUGGCAAGAUCGGGUGUGGCCCGCUCUGCCUCUCCCACAAGCAGCGCUGGGCCCGACUACGCCGCGCCUAGCGUGAAGACCGCAAGUUCUAGGACGCAGUCUCCGAGCGCCCCCAGACUUCCACCUGUUCCAGGACAGGCGUCAAGGCCACGGACAGCACGGCGACGACCCACCAAUGCGAAGGCAAUGUGUCGAGGAUGCGGGCAGCUCAUUGAAGGGAAAUCGGUCAAAGCGGCCGAUGGUCGUCUGACGGGAAGAUGGCAUAAGGCUUGCUUCGUAUGCAAGUCGUGCACAAAGCCUUUCGUCACUGCUGACUUUUAUGUCAUCGACAACGAGCCCUACUGCGAGCAUGAUUAUCAUGAGAAGAACGGAUCUCUGUGCCACGGCUGCCACAGAGGCAUUGAAGGCCAGUACCUGGAAACGACCAGCUCGAGCAGAUUUGGCAACGUGGACAAGAAGUUCCAUCCCCGCUGCUUCACAUGCUGGGAGUGUCGCACAGUGCUAUCUGACGAUUACUUCGAGAUCACUGGCAAGGUGUUCUGCGAACGGCACGCUCUUGCUGCUAUGCGCGCUCAAGCACGCAGAGGCGGGCCUGGCGGAUCGCUGCAACCUCCUGGACGCCGAGAUAUGCUCGCAGAAAGGCGCACGACGAGAUUAAUCAACCCGAUAAUGGCUUGAAAGACUGCUAAUUACUGGCAAACAUAAUCACAAUGCCAUUGGACACGCCCCCCGAUGCGACCGCGAGCUAUGCCUAACGACUUACAUGGCCUGACUAUCGCUACUAAACAAUUAUUUCUACUGCCGCAUUCCGAGCGCUCUCUGGCAUUUCAGCCACACUUUCUGCAUAGCGAGGAUCAGAAUAUUUUUGGGAUGUAUCUGGCGCGGUCGACUGCAAUCUCUAUUUGGGAGAUUUUGGGAAGAAUGUUGAUACCCACUUACGUUCUUGUUUGUACAGAAGAUGUAAGGUAUUAUUGCAGCGCGACAAAGGUGUCGAGAGCUGAAGGCUUAAUUGGCUAGAAGCAUGUUCGUAAUGUAUCUAGAUGAACAGCAUGGAGAGCCUAAGACUGUCAAAAGCUG